AUGUCUGGGGAGUGGGUGUCAGGAGACUUCAAUCUUGACGAUGUGAAGAAAGCCGUGGAUAAUCUUAAAGUGUUCCCCAUAGACAUGCACUCCUUCCACGAAUCCCCGAGUGGCCCGCUUACAUUCGUGGAUCUUCCUACUCUGGAUUUCCCGGCGGGUGGCAAGAUCAAGUGUUUCGUUGACUUGGUGUCUGACGUGGAUAUCGAGGUCCCCAAAGCUGUCAUCAAGGAAGGCUUCCAAUCCAAGACCUACGAAGAUAUACCAGCUCCUUUCGGGAUGAAGUCUAAGAUUACAGGUCCCUUCAAGCUUGACAUCGCCAUCAUGCUCCAGCAAAACGGUAAGCACACCGUCAUCAAAUUGUUCCACUUCCCCCAGCUCAUGAAAGUUGACGCGGCUCGGGAUCUUUGUUACGGCACGCCUUACUGCUUCAACUGGCAGGGGGAGGUGAAAACCAUGAAAAAAUGUAUUCACUUUGUCUUCGAGCGGCUAGGUGGCUUCCAAUGUCGUCAACAUGUGUUUAGGCAGUCCGAGGAGGGCAAGCCGGAAAGCGAGCGGUCGCAGGAGGAGUGGGACUUUGGGUUUGACUUCAUAGAGCUGAACGGCCCUCGCGAAAACAUUAAAAAUCGCAUGUUGCGGUGGGUGACGGUUCAAACUAGCAACAAGGACUCGCCAAUCUUCCGUUGGCCCCCAGUCUUAGUCGAGAAGUCUCUUCGAAACCUCGCCCAAGACGGAGUACUUGCGCAAGUUCAUACGUCAUGGUGCUUAACUUUGUAUGACAUCGACGUGCGAGUUCUCAAGGCACUGGCCCCGUUGUUUUCAUCUUUCUCGGAAAAGGCAUUGGGUUUGUUCGGCGAGCCGGGCGCGGGCAAAACCCCGGUGGCAAGGUCGGUGGCUAUGGCUCUGUCGCGCUACUACAUCAACCGCAUCGGUAAACAGGGCGAGGUUGAACCAUCAUUCCGACAGGCGUCGGAGUUUGAUUUCUUUCGAGGUCAAUCUGGGCAGAUUCUUCGUCCCGACAUUUUCGAUGACGGCACCCUCCCUGAGCAACCGUUCAAGAAGCUCAAGGCUUUCACGGAUGUUGGAAACAUUGAAAGUAUGUCUAAGGAGCGGUGGGGUGCCGCAAAAUGGGUGAAAGGGCAGCCCCGCAUCUAUUGUGUGAACGAUUACGAUCGCAAGGCGGAGCCCAAAAACGACCUCCCCAUCCUAUCCCAUCGUCAAGGCAUCAUCUCCUAUGCCACUCACGGUGACUUUCUCAACAUGCUGGAACCCGCUUGGUGUCCCAAGGACAAAAACGAGGCAAAUGUCAUGGCGGUUUUGAAGCGGACGCACAUCCUUCUCAAGACCAAAACCUUUUUGUAUGUCAGGCCCGCUAGCGAGAAAGAGUCGCCAGUACUUCGUAUUCCUUUGGACGACAAGCUGGAUUUGUUGCAUUUGGAAUCUCGCUCCGUCUACGACUACCAUCGCAAAGGUGGCACGAACAUGCCCGCAGAUUUCGAUAGCAAGGUUGCGUGGGAAACGGAGUGGGUGGAGAAAGCCAUGAAGGGGAACAUUUCCGGGUUAAAGUACAGGCCCACCAUCAUCAGAAAGAAUAUCUUCGCAGACCAUGUCGAAUCUCAUCCACAACCACGAUUGGAUCUAAGCCAUGCCCUUGUCAGGAAUGUGAGCAAUCUUUUCGAGACCCCAAAUCCAUCCUCUUCGGCUAGGCCUCAUGCGGACAAGUCUACGGGUGCAGAUGUUGAGCCGAAGCCUGCAACGCACACAUCUACGUGUUCCGAUGCUCAGCCCUUGAAGAAAGUCAAGCUUGAACCCGGCAUUUUCCGAACGCUUACUUCUUCAGAGGUCGGGGGGACCACCAUCGAUUUGGAUUCUUCGCCAGAGAAACCGCCUCGUCCAUCAGUCGUUGAGGAAAGCCUCACCCAGCAACUCGAGGAGCAAAUGCGGCAGGCCGAGAUUCCCAACCCAGGUUCACCCGAAUUUCCUUGUGGGGACGAGGCAGGAGAUGCUCAUGAUGAAGAGGAUCAGCUUUCAUUUGGUGGUGAUGCCAUGGAUGUCGCGGAGGAUAUCCAUUGA